CAGUUUAUCUCUUAUGGUCAUUAAUUGACCACAAUUCUCUCUCUGUCUCUCCUUCUCUCUCAUUUAUCCUUUAUAUAUAUCACCUUCUAAGUUUACACCAAUGCAAAGGGGAGAAUGGCCAACAUUCAAACAAGCUACUUACUUUUGCUACUCUUCACCUUCUUCCUUGCCGCACAUGUAAUGCAAGGAUCCAGAACUCAUGUAAUACUUCCUAAUUUCCAACAAGGGGUCUCUCAUUCUUCUCCAUUGCAUUUGCAGGGCACCAACGAAGCAAAGACGAAUAGAAAUUCAAGGAGAUUGAUGAUUGGAUCCACAGCGCCCACCUGCACUUACAAUGAAUGUAGAGGAUGCAAAUACAAAUGUAGAGCUGAACAAGUUCCGGUAGAAGGAAAUGACCCAAUCAAUAGUGCAUAUCACUACAAAUGUGUUUGCCAUAGGUCAUAAAACAAAUAUGUAGUAGGUUGAGUGGAGUAGACGUGUGUGGUGUAUUUUGCACUAGCUUCAGGAGAACUUAAAAGUCCAGAUUUGUUUUAUAUCCAAAUACUAUUUGGUCUCUGCAGUUUUAUGGAUUGUGAAGAGUGUCCAGGUUAGCUGUUCUGAUUUCCUUUUGGCACAGCAGGAAUUUCCUGCUAUAUGGUUAUCGUGCAAGCUUCUUGAGGGAAAGUGUAUCAUUAAUUUCUUCUUGGCAUGUUAAAGUUGAAGUAGGAAAUUUCUUGUUAUAUAAAGGUCUAUAAGUUCAUUUAAGAGAUAUCAA